UGUUAUCCUAGAUCCUAAUCAUAUCUGGACGUUAAAAAAACCUAUGCUCGCUAAACGGACUCGCGAAGAAAAAUGCUAUAUGAGAGUGAUAUUUGACGUGGAUUUUGUUUUGGUUUGUGAUCUUCACUUUAUUUUUGACUGUUUGUUUGUGGAUAUGGUCGCUGUUGCCCAUCUGUGAUAGAUUUCGACGAGCCGAGUGCCGCCGGAAUCGAACCCCCUGUAAACUCUAGUCCGCGAGACCGACACCCCCGCUGCCCGCCCGCAUAGGAUGGUAGAAACUGACCCUGGGCCUAAGAGACCUCACAAUUGUGAUGUAAAAACUGAACACCUAAACGGCCCUGGUGCUAAAAACUACGAACUUGCAGGCGUAGUCCCGCCACUGAAGACAAAGGUCGACCCUGAGAAAGGCUCCAACUCCGAGAAAGCUGACUUCGAGCGGGCGAUCGAACUAACCGGCUAUGGGCGCUUCCACUACCUGCUGCUGGCGGUGUGCGGCCUGGUCAGCACGUCGGAGGAGAUGGACGUCAUCUCCAUGUCCUUCAUCCUGCCCUCCGCGCAGUGCGACCUAGACCUCACCACGCAGACCAAGGGAUGGCUGAACAGUAUAAUCUUCAUCGGUAUGAUGUUCGGCGCGUACGCGUGGGGCUCGAUCGCGGACACGCUGGGCCGCAAGCGCGUGCUCAUCGCCAUCUCGGUGGUCAACGCGCUGGCCAUCGUCGCCUCCUCCUUCACGCAGAACUACGAGCUGUUCAUGCUGUUCCGGUUCAUCAAUGGUGCUGCUCUGGGUGGUUCCGGUCCGGUGAUCUGGUCGUACUUCGCGGAGUUUCAGCCGAAGAAGAAGCGCGGUGCCAUGCUGAGUUUCAUGGCCGCCUUCUGGACGCUCGGCAACCUGUUUGUCGCCGGGCUCGCCUGGGUUAUCAUACCUAGUGGUAUCGGCGUAACAACCGGCGCUUUCGUCUACAACUCGUGGCGUAUCUUCCUCCUGGUGAUGUCACUGCCCUCAUUCCUGGUCGCCGCAUUGCUGUUCCUUUUACCGGAGUCUCCCAAGUUCCUGAUAUCCACCGGCCGACAUGACGAGGCUUUGGAGGUGUUCAAGGGCAUAUACAUGAUGAAUACCGGCAGGAGCAAAGAGGAGUACCCCGUUCAGCAGAUCCUGAUGGAUGUACCGGCUCACGUGAAGCCGGAGAAGGAGAUCAAGGAUGUGAAGGAGCCGAAGUCCAAGGUCCGGAGGAUGCUGAGCGACAUCAUAGAGCAUAGCAAACAGCUGUUUGUGCCGCCCAUACUCAAGUUCACGUCCAUCUCUAUUACGAUCAACUUCACUUUCCAUAUUGGCUACUACGGUCUGAUGAUGUGGUUCCCGGAGAUGUUCAACCGCUUCGACGAGUGGGCGCGCGCGCACGACAACGCCGAGGCAGACGUCUGUCAGGUGACCCGCUACGUGACGCAGCUGGGUACGCACAGCGCGGAGUCGGCGUGCGACGCCCACAUCAGCUCCGACGUGUUCAUGGACUCGCUCAUCACGGUGGCCGCCGCCAUACCUUCCAACAUCUUCGCCGUGCUCGGCAUGGAUAGACUGGGCAGGAAAUUCUUCUUGGUGUUCGCGACAUUCUCUGCUGGGCUGUGCUCGGCGGCGAUGUACUUCGUGUACAACAAGACGAACAAUCUCAUCGUCAGCGCCAUAUUCAGCUCCGUCAUAUCCUGCGGCAACGCCUCGCUCGACUGUCUCAUCACGGAGGUCUUCCCUACCAACUUGAGAGCUACCGGUGUCGCAGUAUCUAUGGUGGCGGCUCGUCUGGGCGGCAUCAUAGGCAACGUGGUGAUAGCUACGCUCCUGGACACGUACUGCCCGGCGCCCACAUUCAUAGUUGCGGCCCUGCUCGCCGGCGGUGGCCUAAUGUGCCUAAUGUUACCCAACACCACACGACAGGCCCUCACGUAACCGAUAUCCGCCCCUGAGUAGUCCGAAACCGUGUUGAUAAACCGCUCUCAACUUAAGCUACCCAAAAUUAAAGCCCAAGACCGGAAGAAAUUUAAAAUGCUGACCGCCAAACUUCGGUGAUGAUGAUGGUACUCAAAACCGAUUUUAAUACACUUCCAGUCAGGCGGACAUAAAUUGUUAAUUAGAUAUCAAGAACUUGUAACACUAUAAAUCAAGUUAACUUAAAAAACAGCCUCUCAAGUUAAACAGCACAGUUGCGUGCUAGUAAAUAGUUGAUCUUGAACAUAAUCCCAGCGGUGAGAGCAGUUUAUUGAUGCGGACCCAAAAAUGUAUAACUUAAGUUUUUGUCAAUUAGCUUCUGUGUUCUAAUGUUAUUUUGAACUACAAACCAAUUGUAAAUAAUUAAAGCUAUAUUUUUAUUGUCGCCAUACAUUUCUGUUUUGACUGUAGGGGUCCGCCGAAGGAAAUCGAAUCGCUGUAGAUAUUUUGUUUAUAAAAUUUUGUAAGAUACUUUUAUAGAUAAGUUACAUUUAAAUGCGAUUGAAUUGAGACUAGAACGUUAGU